AUGACCUUGGAACCAUUAACUCCAGUCAACUGUGCAGGCCUUCUACAGCCCGGCUUCAGUCUGCUGGAGCUGGAUGGGGAAGUUCUCCUGUUUGGCCAGAAAGGUUGGCCUAGGCGCUCAUGUCCCACUGGAGUGUUUGCCGUUCGGUUUAAAUGUGGUGAAAUGAAGCUGAGGGCCAUCUCUUUCUCCAAUGACUCGUGUUACCUGCCUCCAUUACGUUUCCCAGCUGUUUGCCGCCUCGACCCCUAUGACGGUCUUCCAGAGAGUUAUCUCAUCCACGGUGGUCGAACCCCAAAUAACGAGAUCUCCUCGAGUCUAUACAUGCUAACCACGGACAGCCGCAGAUGCAAUCGGAAACUGACGCUGUGCUGCAAAGAGAGAGAACUGGUGGGAGAAGUGCCAGGGGCCAGAUACGGCCACACAAUGAGCAUCGUUCAAAGCCGUGGUAAGACAGCUUGUGUUUUGUUCGGUGGUAGAUCCUACAUGCCUUCAGGGGAACGGACCACAGAGAGCUGGAACAGUGUCGUCGACUGUCCUCCUCAGGUGUUCCUGUUUGACUUGGAGUCUGGUUGCUCCUCUGCUCACACUCUCCCUGAGCUCAGCGACGGACAGGCUUUCCAUUUGACCUUUGCCAGAGAAGACUGCGUCUACUUCCUCGGGGGUCACUCCCUCACCUCUGACUCCCGCCCCCCUCGACUAUUCCGUCUACGUGUCGAGCUCCUGCAGGGCAGCCCAUUGCUUUCCUGUGAGACCCUUAAAACUGGCAUAUCCAUCUCUAGUGCCAUAAUCACUCGUACAGGUCGCACUCAUAGAUAUAUCAUAUUAGGUGGGUAUCAGUCCGACUCUCAAAAGAGGAUGGAGUGCAGCACUGUGAUUGUUAAUGAGAAAGGGAUCCACUUUGAGCCCUUACAAUCACUACAGUGGACCCCUGACAUCACCCAUAGCCGCACAUGGUUUGGGAGCAGCGCUGGGGAUGGAAGAGUCCUACUUGCUGUGCCCACUGAGAGAAGGCCAUCCCAGGCGGACAUGCAUUACUUCUAUCAGGUGAGCUUCCAGACAGAAGGAGAAGCCAGAGAGGAAGAAGGAACCCAGGGCUGCAGCCAGGAGUCAUCCGAUUACCACAACUCCAAUCCUCUCGAAGACUCCGAGGAGCUCUACUUCGGUCGUGAGCCGCAUGAGCUGGAGAACAGUGAUGAUGGAAAAGAUGAUAAUUACAAUGAGGAGGAUGAGGAGGACGAAUCACAAACAGGCUACUGGAUGAAAUGCUGCCUGGGCUGUCGGGUGGAUGCCAACACUUGGGAGCCCUACUACUCCACUGAGCUUUACCGGCCAGCCAUGAUCUUCUGCUCCAGAGGGGAGGGGGGGCACUGGGUCCAUGCCCAGUGCAUGGAGCUGUCUGAGACCCUGCUGCUCAGGCUCUCUCAGGGCAACAAAAGGUACUUCUGCCAGGACCACGGAGGCCUUCCCUACCAGGAGAUGACUCCACCUCGACAGGUUGUGCCUCUGAAGCGUACUCCCAUGAAAGUUAAAAACAGAACAACUCCUCCAACAGUUAAGAUGACACCUGCCAAAAAAAGGUUUUUGAGGCGGCUUUUUGACUGA